CACAACCAUUUUAACCAUUUGUUACGUUUAGAACAAUUUAAACCAUUGGAAACUGAUUUCGUUCGCUUCAGCGCGGAGAAUUGAUUCAAUUGAUUUUGCUUUAAGACUUCUUAAAGUAAUUGUUAUUUUAGCAAAAGCAAAUUUCUGUGAAACUCAGUUCGUGUGUAAAACCAUGCUAGAAUCUCUGCCGCUUGAGAAUAGCUAUCCUAGUAACGUCAAGCUUAAAUACAAAAAGCUAUCCUAUCAAGCGACAACUCCUACUCGUGGAUCUCUCUUUGCUGCUGGUUACGAUCUUUAUGCUGCUCAUGAAGCUACCAUACCUCCUGGGGGUCGUGAAUUAAUUAAAACUGACAUACAGAUUGAAUUGCCAGAAGGUUGUUAUGGUCGUGUCGCUCCACGAAGCGGACUAGCCUUAAAACAUGGGAUUGAUGUUGGUGCUGGCGUCAUUGACCGAGACUAUAGGGGAAAUCUUGGCGUAGUACUUUUUAACUUUGGAGAACAAAAUUUUGAAAUAAAAAAAGGUGACCGUGUAGCACAACUGAUUUGUGAACGUAUUUUCUGUCCUGAAUUAAUGGAAUGUGAAUCGUUGGCGGAAACAGAUCGUGGUUCAAAUGGUUAUGGCUCAACAGGAGUGUAGAGCCUAAUAAUUUUAUCAGAAUCAAAAUAUUUUUUACAAUAAAUAUAUAAGAAAUAUAACCUAUUUUUUAUGCCUGCAAAUAACUUUUUAAAAAAUUAACAGACUAUCCAAUAUUGAGUUGAGUUGGCGACUUUUGUUACUCUUUAAACGUGAACUGGUCGUCCCGCCUAUGUUUGCAAAAGUACAUACUUCUCUCAUUUAGGUUUAAGAAAUGAUACUGAUCAAUUUUUGAUUGAUUGUUUGUUGAUACUUGAGUUUUGUACACACGUUUCUCUUCCGAAUUAUUAAAGACGAUCUUGUAGCACGUAAUAAUCAUGAGGCGUAGUGGCAAGUUGGAAAAAUGUUAACUCCAUUUUUUAAUUAGUUAUGAACCUGAGUGACGAGCAUACGAAUCCAUUCUAUUGAUAGCAUUGGUUUGGAUUUGAGAUCCUUUUAACAUAACUUAAGUACGUGAAUCACUCCGAAUAAUCCAUAAGAAUUGUUGACAAAGCAUCUUUGUU